CAUUCUAGUUUCGAGAAAGAAAAUGUGUUGUGUCUAUCUGACCACGCUGACUGCAUUUAACUGAUUUAUGUUUUAAAAUAUAUUCAUCAGUUAUAGUUAAUCUAGAUUUUUUUUAAAAAGAAGGUGAUAUGGCGAAGUGGGGAGAAGGAGACCCACGAUGGAUUGUAGAGGAAAGGCCUGAUGCGGUAAACGUCAAUAAUUGGCAUUGGGUGGAAAAAAAUGCAACACCUUGGAGUCGAGACAAAAUAAAGGAACUGUUUCAAGGUCUUGUUAUUGAUGAUAAACAAGGUGUGUGUGAAAUAAAGGAGCUUUCAAAAGUUGAAGGAGAAGCUACAGCUAAUAACCGGAAAGGAAAAUUAAUAUUUUUUUAUGAGUGGAUCAUAAAAGGAGAAUGGUCUGGCAUGUUAAAUGGAAGUGAUAAAAAAUACAAGGGAACAUUUGAGAUCCCAAAUUUAAGUGAAGAGCAUGAUGCUGAUGAAAUAGAAUUGGAGGUGUCCUGUGAGAAAACAUCUGACGAGGCAUUUCAAGUGAAGGAAAUAAUGAGAAAGAAAGGGAUUGAGGUCAUCAGGCAACAAGCUGCUAAAUACAUCAAGGGACUUAAAGAAGAAUUUGGUCAGGGAAUAAUUCUACCUUCAAAGAAUUCAAAAGAAUCAGCAACAAAACCAAACAAAGAUCAAAAAGAGAAUUUGGCUAAGAAACAAUUGAAUAAAGUCGUUGAUGGAUGUUCACAACAGAUAGAGAACCUUGGUGUUCGAAUACGCACCAAGAAAUUAACUUCAAAAGAAGAAUUUAAGUGCCAGGCAUCAGAUCUAUAUCGUGCACUAACAGACAAAGGGAUGAUAGAAGCAUUUACGGGUUGUACAGCUGUUAUAGAUGCUGCAAAGGGAUCCCGCUUCUCAUUGAUGAACGGUUAUGUAACUGGAGAAUUUGUAGAGUUGAUACCAGAUAAGAAAAUUGUUCAGAAGUGGCGGUUAAAAUCGUGGCCCGCAGAGCAUUAUUCCCAAGUGACAAUGGAACUAGAACAAAAAGAUGACUGUACUGUUCUACAUUUAACACAAACUGGAGUUCCGGAGAAAGAGUAUGACAAUACACUGGAGGGCUGGAAAAUCAAUUACUGGCAGAGAAUGAAUCAAGUGUUUGGGUUUUCUUCAAGGCUUUUUUGACCACGGACAAUUUUGACAAUUUAUUUAAAUCUGUGUAUCUGUCUUCUUUUUGUCAGGCAAUAUGGUCUUAGGGUCGAUGUGAUUGAUAUAUUGUCUAUGAAUUACUGGGACAGACUGUUUUCCAUUCCGUUAUUCAGAGUUGAUGUAUUACCAAUAUUCUUUCUUAGGGGAGGGAGAGGGUUAAGCAAAUUUCAGAUUUUUAUCAACAAAAUGUAAAAAGUAAAUGGAUUGUGCAGUUUUCUAAAUAUUAUUACUGAGUGAUAAUUUAUUUUGAUUCAUGACCAGUAAAGAAUAAAUAUAAAUCCUGAAUAUAAGAUUUGUACUAAUAUGAGGGAGGGGGUAGAAAUUAUUUUUCCUUGUUAAAACGUUUUAUAAUAAUAUAAUAAUAAUAAUAAUGUACCUAAAAUAAUGUUGCUUUAAACUGGAAUUUAAUGGGGGGGGGGGGGGGGGAAUUGGUACCAAGACCACCACCGGUAAUUUAUUGUCCAUCACUUUAGUAGAUUUAAAACCUGUUAAGUUUUUGUUGUAAUUUGUUUUACUGAAAGAAGGGAGCAAUCGCUGUUCAAUACUAGCACACAAGUGGCUUGAUGACGAUAUUUUCAACUUCAUACCACAAAACAUUCUUUUAGUUUUUGUAAAAUGUGUGUUGUCUUUGUUCAUGUCUGCAUUAAAGUGUGAGGUAAUUUGUUACUGUGUGGACAUCCGACAUCUUUUAAAGGGACACACCCUAGUUAUGGCUAGUUGUUAACCAUUACGGUGUUGUUUUUCGCUAUUAAACCCAUUUUUUCACAAAUAAAAUUGCACU